CUGCAGACCAGCAGCGGGCAUGAUGAGCACCAAGGCCUUCACGCUGGUCUCUGCCGUGGAGCGGGAGCUGCUGAUGGGCGACAAGGAGCGCGUCAACAUCGAGUGCGUGGAGUGCUGCGGCAAGAACCUCUACGUGGGCACCAACGACUGCUCCAUCUACCACUUCCUGCUGGAGGAGCAGAGCCUGCCUGCCGGGACGGCCACGUUCACGGCCACCAAGCAGCGACACAGACAGCUGGGCCUCCGGAAGCCAGUGUGCGAGCUGCGAGCCGCCUCGGCCCUGCACAGACUGCUGGUGCUCUGUGACUGCUCCAUCACCCUGGUUCACAUGCUGAGCCUGGAGCCUGUCCCCUCGGGGGCCCGCAUCAAGGGGGCUGUGGCGUUGGCCUUGAACGAGAACCCUGUGAGCGGGGACCCGUUUUGUGUGGAGGUCUGCAUCAUCUCUGUGAAGCGCAGAACCAUCCAGGUGUUCAUGGUGUACGAGGACCGGGUCCAGAUCGUCAGGGAGGUGUCCACGCCGGAGCAGCCCCUGGCGGUGGCGGUGGACGGCCACUUCCUGUGCCUGGCUCUGACCACGCAGUACAUCAUCCUGAACUACAGCACGGGCGCCGCCCAGGACCUGUUUCCUUACUGCAGCGAGGAGAAGCGCCCCAUCGUCAAGCGGAUAGGGAGGCAGGAGUUUCUCUUGGCGGGCCCGGGAGGACUGGGCAUGUUUGCCACCGUUGCUGGGAUUUCUCAGCGGGCUCCUGUACACUGGUCGGAGAAUGUGAUCGGGGUGGCCGUCUGCUUCCCCUACGUCCUGGCGCUUGACGACGCCUUCAUCACAGUCCACAGCAUGCUAGACCAGCAGCAGAAGCAGACCCUGCCCUUCAAGGAAGGCCACAUUCUGCAGGACUUCGAAGGAAGAGUGAUUGUCGCCACAAGUAAAGGAGUUUACAUCUUGGUUCCCUUACCUCUGGAAAAACAAAUACAGGAUCUUCUAGCAAGCCACAGAGUGGAGGAGGCAUUGGUUUUAGCAAAAGGAGCCCGGAGGAACAUUUCGAAGGAAAAAUUCCAGGGAAUGUACAGAAGGAUCCUGCAGCAGGCUGGCUUCAUACACUUUGCACAACUGCAGUUCCUGGAAGCUAAAGAGCUCUUCAGAAGCGGCCAGCUUGACGUCCGGGAGCUGAUCUCUCUGUGCCCCUUCCUGUUGCCCACCUCCUCUUCAUUCACGCGGUCUCACCCUCCUCUCCACGAGUACGCAGACCUGAACCAGCUGACCCAGGGCGACCAGGAGAAGGCGGCCAAGUGCAAGUGCUUCCUCAUGACCUACCUGGAAGAAGUGCGCAGCUCAGAGGUGGUCCACAGCUACAAGGAGGACGUGGACACGGCCCUGCUCAAGCUGUAUGCCGAGGCCGGCCACGCCAGCCUGCUGGACCUCCUGGUCACCGAGAACGCCUGCCUGCUGGCCGACAGCGCUGCCUGGCUGGAGAAGCACAAACGGUAUUUUGCACUGGGACUGCUCUACCACCAUAAUAACCAGGACGCGGCUGCAGUUCAGUUGUGGGUGAACAUCGUGAACGGGGAGAUUGCCGACCCCAUGCGCACAGACCUGUACGACUACGUGGUGGACUUCCUCACCCACAGCCCGGACCACGCGCUGGUGUGGAAGCACGCCGACUGGGCCUUGCAGAAAAGUGAGGAGGUUGGAGUUCAGGUUUUCACCAAGAGGCCUUUGGAGGAGCAGCAGGACGGUUUCAAUCCAGACGAUGUGCUCACUCGCCUUAAGAAAUACCCCAACGCCCUCGUGCGGUACCUGGAACACCUGGUUAUGGACAGGAACCUGCAGAGGGAAGAGUACCACACACGCUUGGCCCUCCUCUACCUGGACGCGGUGCUGCAGCGGACGCCCGGCACCAGUGGCUCGGGGGCCGAGGUGACGGAGACCCAGGCGAAGCUGCGACGCCUGCUGCAGAAGUCCGACUUGUACCGAGUCCACUUCCUGAUGGAGAGAGUGCGGGGCGCUGGCCUGCCCAUGGAGAGGGCCAUCCUGCACGGGAAGCUGGAGGAGCACGAGCAGGCCCUGCGCACACUGGCGCUCGAGCUGGGGGACUUCCCUGCGGCCGAGGACUACUGCGCCUGGCGCUCCGCGGGCAGGGAGCCGGCCUACCGACGUCGGCUCUUCCACACGCUGCUGGCCCUGUACCUGGGCCCGGGCCCCAGCCCUCCCUUUGACGCUGCCCAGGUUCUGCAGCUGCUGCCGGGCACCUGGUCGGUGCAGCUGCUCUGCCCGUUCCUGACGGGCGCUGUGCGGGACAGCACCCACACCAGGAGGACCGCGCAGGUGGCGCUCGGCCUGGCCACGUCGGAGAACCUGAUCUAUAAGCACGACCAGAUGAAGCUAAAAAGAAGCUCCUUCCGGCUCUCAGACAAACAGCUGUGCCAGGUGUGCCACAGUCCCUUCUGCGAGCCCGUGUUUGUUAGAUACCCAACCGGUGACCUCGUCCACACCCACUGUGCUGCCAGCAGACACACGAACCCCAGCGCCCCCCGCCCCGGUGCUCGGACUUGAAGGGGCCGCCUGGGCACCAGGGGGACCUCGAGUUCUUCGCACACCAAGCCUGCCCAGUGCAAGGAGCAAAACGUGGCAGCGCUGUGCCAGCCAAGACAGAGGCGACGUCUCGGUGCCCGGGAGGCUCUGUCAGUGUGAAACAAGUUCUCUUCCCUGCUGACCAAUCGGCAUUGAAUGUAAACAGGAAACCCACAAGGAGAGACGUGCUCGUUCGCCCGCCCAGACACACGGUUGUCCACUUGGACGGAUACGUGAGCCUUCAGGGCGCACCCCCACAGGCUGGCGCCCACGCCACAUCAGGCACACACUUGCCCGGACAGUGGCUUCAGGUGGCAGCAGGUGACCUCUCCCGCCCAGCGAGUGGCCAGGGCAGGGUCUUGUGCGGGCAGGGUCUUGUGCGGGCAGGUUUCACGUCGCACUUCUCCCGUGUGGUGCGUGCUCCGUCCACGGCACAGUGGCUGCUUCCCGAUGACCUCGGGCUCUGCUCUUGCCCUUGGCUGGCCUGGGAGGUGUGUCCGUUCCCUCCUGCUUCCCUCUGGCUUCUAGCAAGUGAACACCACUACGAAACUGAUGACGGCCGAGAGAGGGGCCGCCUGCCCAUCUGGACGACGGCAGAGACAGGGAACCGUGGGGACAGGGCCCAUGCGUGCUGGCCUGAAACUCCACGGUCAAUGUGCUUAACUAAACAUUUUUAUUUGAAGUGAUAUUAUCUUUGUAAUAUUUCUCUCAUUUAGAAAAUCAUCUGUCGUAUCUGUUAGGGAUGUUUUUCUUGUUAAAUGUACCUCCUAUGGAAUCCUUGGGAAGUUCAAAGGGAAACAAUGAGCACAAACCGAGCGUAUUUUCAGGCGAGGCCGGCUUCCCCUCACUCUCAGCUGGGCAGGCGUGGGCGGUGCUGCCCUUGCACGUGGGGAGUGGCGCCCUCCCUGCAGGUCAUGCCACACCCUUGGAGGAAGCCCAGCCCGCGGCCUUACCUCCAGCACUUUACAUGCCUGCUCUGAGGUCUCCUGCUCACAGGGAAGUGAAUGCCCGUCGGUCCCAGGCUGCAGAUUCGUUCUGUGGUUACUGCACUGCCCUCUCGGAUUUCUUCAUUUUGAUGAUUGAUUCUGUUAGGAAUGAACAAUAAAGACACUGUACCCCAUGCAAGGCUUGCAAGCAAGCAUCAGUGUCUGUGAGAAGAGAAUCUGGAACACGGCCUCCCUCAGCCUCAGCCUUACGGAGGGGGAUGAAGAGCCCACUCCAGUCUUUAAAAACGUCUUCUGCACUAGCAGUGGUCAGCGUUCCUUUUCCUUUGUGAUGCCCACUGGGCCAAGAAGGCAAAGGCAUCCAUGCUUUCUUUCCUAAGUCUCGGUGAGCUCAACAGGAGAUAAUGAAGGAAUUCUGCCUGCAACGCGGCCAUGUGCUGUUACUCGGCUCGGGUGGACACAAAGCCCAGCCAGGAGCUGCCCUGCGGACGGCUUGCAGAAUCACCAUAUUACUGUGCAUAUCACCGUUCACCUUGUGUGCUUGGAUUUACUCCUCGAAGAACGGGCAACUAGUCCAUGCAAUAUGCACUUUGCAAAGCACUGUUUCUACUCAGAAUGGGUAAAAUCUUGAAAACGUCUUGUGAUUGCUCAUUUCUAACUUGGGGCCACUCGUCUCUUUUUUCCCUGCACAUUGAUCAAUACUUAGAAAUGUUUUUUUUUUUUCCUUUAGAAUAAUGGGAAUUGGAGUUGAACAGUUUUCCAGCUCUCCCAGAUCCUCGAAGACAGGCAGAAUUCUGUGACACUGCAGAAUUGUCUCCUGUGUUCAAAACCUUUCUCUAAUCUUUCUCGAACUCCUACAAGACUCUUUUCUUCAAUCAUAUUUUGAAAAGAAAUACAUGUUCUUUCGACAGUCCUGCUGCAUUGUGACCGUGCUGUUGGACAGAGCAAUUGGGAGCACCACUCAGCCCCUUUCCCCUCUAGGUUCUGUGUAACCAUCCUAGUUAAAACAGCAUGAACUGAACUCGGUUGUCAUUUUAUGUUCUGUGGGCAAGACUGUCUAAUUUUAUGGCCUGUGUAUCUGCUGUUGCCUGUCAAGAAUUAACGGGGUGUGUAGGCUGUGCAGCACGGGCCUGGCUCAGCUCUGGGAAGCUGUACUGGGGGGAGGGGCCUCGGUCACACCAUCGAGCGAUGCCUGUCACACAGCUCGGGUAGCCCUUGCUUUCUGCUUGCUCCCCUAUGGAAACCAUUGUCCUUGCAACUCUACCCUUUGCCCCUGGUUGGGUCCCAAAUACACAAGAUGUACAAAUGUAAACUUGAUUUUAUUAAAAUUCUUUUAAUUCUUUGU